AGGUAUUUGGGCUUUUUUCAUCAUCAUAGAAUAUCAACGGAGGAGAACAUAGCAUUCAUUCUGGCUUCAUGUCUGUCGACCAAACGUUUCAUACUCCAAGUUUCGGGGACGAAGAGUUUGAAAUUCCGCCUUUAACUUACGCUCCAACUGCAGCUGCUACCAGGUGUAGUGGUCAAGGAGUUUUCGGAAACCAGGUUCCUGUGGAAUAUUUAAAGCGCAAGCUAAGUUGUGACCAAAUCUACGUCUAUUUACCGAGGCACGAAGAGAAUUUCACCGAUUGCAGGAUUUACAACCAACACCCCCUCUCCCACCUGAGACCCCCGGAAUCCAUUCUACAGCAGCAGCAACAGCAGGGGUACAUUGUGCACCCCUCCAACUCACCCCAAGGUCAUAUCAUGAAUAAUAACCACAACCAGUUUCACAACAGCUCUCAUCAGCAACAGCAGCAGUCCAGGGGACCCCAGGAUAUGUACCAGAACGAGAUGAUGAACUCUCAUUCUAUGGGAAUGCAAAUGCAGUAUGAAGACCAUUCAACAUAUUCUGAUGCUUCCAUGCAACAAGGUUCCAUGCAUCCACCGCAAAUGACUAUUAUGCAACAACAGCCCCAACAGAACCAUGUUAUGGGACCACCACAACAACAGAUGUUUUCUACUAUAAAUCAAUCUCAGAUAUCAUCUCAGCUUGGACUGCAAAUUGGAAUGGGACCUGUAACUGCUCAUCAAGGAACAGGCUCUCCGCCUGGCUCUAAUCAUACUUCUCCUGGUUUGGAAACGAGUGAGGACAGCGACGAUAGCACACCAUUAGCGCAGUUGAUCGGAACGAUGAAGCGUCCUACCCCAGAACCCGUCGACACAACUGUUCCAAAAGUCACCAAAAAACCCAAGGCUCAGAAGAAAAAGAAAAAGCGAGAUCCUAACGAACCACAAAAGCCCGUCUCUGCUUAUGCGUUGUUCUUCCGCGAUACUCAAGCUGCCAUCAAAGGCCAACAGCCGAAUGCGAGUUUUGGGGAAGUGUCCAAAAUCGUCGCUGCCAUGUGGGAUGCUUUAGACGUUGACCAGAAGAAUUCUUAUAAGAAGAAAACCGAAACCGCCAAAAAAGAAUAUUUGAAGGCUCUGGCAGCUUAUCGAGCUACACUAGUGUCAAAGGCUGCCGUUGAUCAGUCCGAUUCAGUGUAUGGAAAUAAUGCAACAAACUCGAGUCCUCCCUCCUCAAAUUCUCCUAAUUCUUCCCCUCCUGGGCGAAUGAUGACUUCUUUGCAAAAGCAACAAUCUCCUGUUCUGACAUCUGUUGUUGAUUCUAUGCAACCAGUUACUAAUGCUAUGAAUGUUCAUCCUCAGAAUCAACAAGUUUGGCAUAUGCAGUCACCUCAGCAUAUGACCAAUAACAACAGUCCACCUCAUGUCAUGCAACAGGGUAAUGGAAUGAUGAACAUGCAUCAGCAGCAGCAACAACAGCAGCAGCAGCAAAUGCAGCCUCAGAUGUCACCUCAGCAACAGAUGAAUGUUAUGAACAACAGGCCUCAAGUGCUCCAGAUUCCUGGGAACUCUCCACAGAUGUGCAACUCAGCCUCCAACAGUCCCACAUACAAUCAGAAUAUCUCAUCGGUUUCUACUGGAGGUGGCCAUUCAAAUAUGAACAGCGGAGAAAUGAUGCCAUCGCUACCCACUUGUCUUCGGAACGGAUGUCCGAAUCCAGCUAUAGACUCUCCGGACUGGGAUCGGGAAUAUUGCAGCAGUGAAUGCGUUGUUUCCCACUGCAAGGAUGUCUUUGUGACUUGGGUUGCUCAAAGACAAGUUCCAGCAAACCCAUAUUCUACUGUAAAAUAGUUCCAAGUCCCUCGAAGAGCAGACGAAAGUGAUGUUGUGUACAGGGUGCAAUUUUCUCUACUCAGUAUUACAAAUGGCUUUCUUGUUAUAUUAUAUAUACAUACUUACCAUGCGCAUGUAUAAAAAAAUGAAACUGAUAGCUUUAGUGUUCGUAUUCAGAAAUCGAACUGCACGUCGGGAGACCUCGCAUUGUCUCGCGACUCGUCGAACUCUCGAGAAAGAUCGAAUGAAAUGAAUUCUUCUUCGAGGAAAAGAGCUUAAAGUUCUGUUCACCUUGUGUGAUUUCUUUUGGAACAGUUCUGUUCAAUGUAAGUGUGUUAAAAGUAUGUGGAUCGCACACGCGCCACUCGUUUUUUUGGUUGCAGUGCAUAGACAAUCCAGUGAACUUUGCAAAUGCAUGUCAUCAUCAAGCGUACUUUUUUCUUUUAAAAGUAUACUAUGUGUGUAGGUAGAGAGUCUCCCAAAAUGUGAAAAAAAUGUAUAUUCUCUGUGUAUUUCCCAUUUCCUUGAAGUCUGAGGAUAAUUUUCAGUGCAAGUAACUUGCUACAAGCUGUGCAUGUGUAUAAUGAACUCUUCCCUGGUGAUAAUUGCUGUUGUUAAAAUGCAUCAUUCAUCGAUAUUUGUUUCGAGUGGAAGUCGGCGGAAUGUGCUUACGCCGGUCACCGAUAUAAGAAACUAGAAAUCGCAUUCGUUUAAAGUAUCACCUGUUUAUUGUGAAUUAUUUUCGACACUUUUUCUUUUUCAAGUUUAACUAAUGUAUUUUUAAUUAGUUCUCGGAGAAUGUGUUGUCUAAAAUGCAACUAUCUUUAAAUUUUCAGCGUAACUUGGUAAAUCAUCUGUUUAAUACAUCGCAUAUGUAUAACGGAUGCAACAUUAAAUGUAAAUUGAAAUAGAAUUUUGUCACUAUUGAAGAAAGAAAUAAGUAGUUUUUUCCAUAAAAGAAUUUUUUUUUUGUCAAAAUCUUGUAAACAAAAGUAGAUUUAUUGGAAGGCAGUUUUUAUCAUAGCUGUUUAAGUGAAAUACUAUUGUUAUUAUACAUUUAUGGGUCAUAAUUUGCAACUUCUUGUCUUCAUAAUAAAUAAUUGAGGCUAAUUAUGUAUGUAAUCCUUUGGGCACCAGAAUAUUCCUUCGGUAGCAAUAAUUUCUUAUAUGUUUAAAAUGAUAAUUUGUAUUGAAAAAUUUUUUAUUCGAAUUUUCAUGUUAAGAAAAGACUUAAACAGCUUAAAUUCAUAUGAAAUUUUAAUGUUUAACUGUUAUAAAGAAAAAUAACCAUUCUUUAAUAGUUAAGCAAAUGAUUUUAUUUCUAUACUUAAAAGAAGACUGCUUUUUUAUUAUUAUUGCAAUCAAUGUCCUCCUCUUUCCUAAUUUGUGUAGUUCUACCCUGAAAGUAUUGCAGGUUGUUCAAGAUUAUCAAACAAAUUAAAAAUGCUACAUUGUUUCUGAGAAAUUCUCAGAUACCCGCUAAUUUAAAAGGGGGCUCCAUUUGUAAUUACAUCAUAUAAUUUCUUGAGGCAUGUAGAUAGUUUUAGCUGUGAAGAAAUACGAAAACUCCCAACUGUGACCUUAUUGUGGACCAAUAAUUUAAACGUCCUCGGGCCAUUCUUUCGCAUCUUAAAUCAGGAGCAACUGCAAAUUCUAGCUAUGUUAUGUUUACGUUUUACUUCCACAUUAUAAUGACUUGGAAUAUUUCAGCAUCUUAGUAAACAACAAUCAUUACUAAUAUCACACAUAUGGAAUUUUAAUCAAAAUACAUCAGAAAUGGUUGUUAAUUUUAUCGGUAGAUGGCAACUGCAGUCAGACCAUUGGACAUUACCUUUAAAGAUUUAAUUUGCCUCGAAUUUUGGACUGAUCUUGUAAAACCUCUGGUUGAGGCUUUGGAUAUGAAUGAAACUUAUGAGACCCCCUCCCCCAUUAUUACAUUAAUAUGUGUCCAAAGCACUAGCAAAGUCCUUACUGUAGAAAGUUUAUGCAAAUUUGUUUUCUUUAGUUAUUAUAAUGCACACCUAAUUUCGCUAUAAUGUAGUGGGAAACUAUUUUAUAAUUAUUCCCAUGCUAUAUUAUUGAGAAAUAGCUCACAUUUGUAUUCUGUGCAUAUGUUUUAAGGCCACUCAAAAAUUUUCUUAGAUUUUAGAAACAGUAAUUAAUAUGUAAGUAUUAUUGUAAUCUUUGGCACUUAAAAAGCAGCAUAAGAAUUACUGUUGAACAUGUCGGUGCUCCAAGGAUUGACAUCUUCCCCUUCUUGGUUGUUUUUAAUGGCUUUAUAGUGUUUCCAAAUAAGUCUAUGGAUUAUAUAUAUAUUAACAUGAGUGCUUAUUUUUCUAUUUAGUCAUCACAUCUUGCUUUGAUAAAAUUUGAUGGAACAAAUGUAUUUAUUAAAAUAAGGAAAUUAAUACUUAUUUCAAAGUAAAUCGUCUUUUCUGUUAUGUUUGAAAAUGGUUUGCUGAAACUGCCUUAAAAAAUUAAAUCUCCAUUGUAAUGAGUUUUAAACUGAUUAACUGGAAAAAAAUAGCAUGACAGAAGCAGUCGAUUGCUGUUUACAUUUCAAAUUCAUUAGUGUUUAUCUGGGAAAUAACUUCUGUUAUAAAUUAACAUUAUUGAAUGUUUAUCUCCAUCACUGAUGACUGUGGCAUUUUUACCACUUGUGCAUUUUGUGAAUGGAAUAGUUGUUUGUGUAUUGAUAUUCACUUAUGAAAAUAAAAAUACUGAAAAUAUA